AUGUGCGUCGUCAUCAUGGCCAACGUCGGCAUGGGCUCGCCGUACAUGUCGGACAUUGUCUUUGUUGCCGCUCUGCCGCAGUGGUUCAACCGCGACUAUGCGCGCAAGUACGGCUACCAGAUCACGAACACGCUCGCGACGUCGUUCCUCGGCUUCGGUCUUGCGGGUCUCGCGCGCCGCUUCCUCGUCUGGCCCUCGUACUGCGUCUGGCCCGAUGAGCUCGGCACGCUCGCGCUGAACAAGGGUUUCCACAACGACGAGGGCACCCCGAUCCCCGGUCCCGGCAAGAAGAUCUACACCUCGACCCGUAUGCGCCUCUUCUACAUUACGUUCGUGUGCAUGUUCUUCUACUUCUGGCUCCCCAACACCUUUGCCGGCUUCCUCACGUACUUCAACUGGAUUGCGUGGAUUGCCCCCAACAACAUUGACCUUGCCAACAUCACCUCGAUCCGGUCCGGCCUCGGCAUCAACCCCUGGCCGACGUUUGACUGGAACUAUGGUUUCGCGCUCACGACGCCCACGUUCUCGGUCGUGUCCCAGUUCGUCGGCAUGUUCCUCUCGGGUAUGGUCAUCAUUGCGUUCUACUACACCAACGCGUACAACACGUCCUACCUCCCCAUGAUGAGCAACAAGACGUUCGACAACCGCGGCAAGUCGUACGACGUCAAGAAGAUCAUCAACGAGAACUCGCUCUUCGACAUGGCCAAGUAUCAGAAGUACUCGGAGCCGUGGAUGGCCGCGUCCAACCUCGUCAACUACCUCUUCUUCUUCGCCAAGUACACAGCCGUCCUGACCUAUGCGCCCUUGUACCACUGGCACGAGCUCAAGAUUGCCUACGCCGGCACCUUCACCCAGGCCAAGAACUUCAUCCUCCGCCGCAAGGACGUGAAGGAGGUCGACCCCGAUGCCAUUGGCGAGGACGUGCACUACCGUCUCAUGCGCAAGUACCCCGAGGCACCUGAUUGGUGGUACUUCUUCGUGUUCUGUGCCUCGAUCGUGCUUGGUGUCGUCGGUGUCGAGGCGUACCCCACUGGAACCUCCGGCGCCGUCGUUGUCUACGGUACCAUAUUUGCCCUGAUCUUCGUCAUUCCUGUCGGUGUCGUCAGCGCCGUCGCCGAGACCGAGGUAACGCUCAACGUGCUCGCCGAGUUCAUUGGUGGUAUGAUGUCUGGCGGCAAUGCGCUCAGCAUGAACUUCUUCAAGAUGUACGGCUACGUCACGACUGCCAAGUCGCUCGCGUUCGUCCGUGACCUCAAGCUCGGCCAUUAUGCCAAGGUGCCCCCCCGCGCUAGCUUCAUCGUCCAGUGUGUCGGCUCGCUGAUCUGUGCCUUUGUCACGACCGCCGUCCUGAAUUGGCAGAUGUCCUUCGAGGGCGUGUGCACCGACGAGCCCAAGUUCCGCUUCUACUGCUAUGGCGAGUGGACGUUCUACACCGCCUCGGUUUUCUGGGGCACGCUCGGCCCCGCGCGCGUCUUCGGCAAGGGCUCGCACUACUGGACGCUCCUGCUCGGCUUCCCGCUUGGUCUCGUCCUCGUCCUCGGCGUGUGGGGCCUGCAGCGCAUCUGGCCCAAGAGCCGCCUCCUGCGCUCCAUCCACGUCGUCGCCAUCACGACCGGCGCGUACUGGUUCCCCGACACGCUCGGUAUGAAGUGGACGUUCGUCGUCACCACCCUUCUGUCCUGGAACUGGCUCAAGAGCCGCUACCUCGCCUUCUGGUCGCGUUACAACUACGUCUUUGCGACCGCCAUGACGGCCGGUGUCUCUAUCAGUGCCAUCGUCCAGUUCCUCGCGUUCACCUUCACCGACGUCGAGUUCAACUGGUGGGGCAACGACGCCGACAAGGGCUGUGCCGCGCCCAACAAGUGCAAGCGUUUCCAGAUCCCCAAGGACCCUGGUUACUUUGGCGGUGCCCCUGGCACUUACCACUAA